AUGCCCGAUAAAAUCAACGCGAACAACUCGUGGAACUUCGCCCUCAUCGACUACUUCCACGAAAUGUCCCUGCUCAAAGAGGGCGACGGCGUCAACUUCCAGAAGGCUAGCUGCACGCUAGACGGCUGCGUCAAGAUCUACACCAGCAGAGUCGACAGCGUUGCGACCGACACGGGCAAGCUGCUCAGCGGACUCGCCGAGAAUGUGGGCAAGAAGCGGAGAGGACACGGCGACGAUGCUGAUGGGAGCGACGAGGAUGAGGGCGACGGCGAGGAGGCUGAAGCCGGAGAGCAUGGCCAGAAGAAGCGCAAGAAGAGGGCUGCUCGCUCUGCAGAAGCCACGCUCGCGUCGUCCUUUGCCCAACUGCAGAACAAGAAGAUGGAGCUCGAGUUCUCGGUUGAUCCGCUCUUCAAAAAAGCCUCGGCCGACUUUGACGAGGGCGGGGCCAAAGGACUCCUUCUUAACCACCUGGCUAUAGACGGGAGCGGCAGGAUUGUCUUCGACAGCAGCGAUGACGCCAACGAUGCCGCCACCCAAGAUUCACUCCCCACUCAUGACCAUCAACUGGCCCCUGACGCCAUCGAUGUUGAUAUAUCCGGCCUGACUGCCAAGUACUUCCACGAUCUUUCCCAGCUCGACCGGCAAGACGUGUGUCCGUCGAUGAAGACGUUCGAUCUCGGCGAUGUGAAUGGCUCUAUGGACCUUCCCUUCCUCAAGGCUGCUGACAACUCCUCCGGUGAAGACGGAGCCAAGCACGGAGACGACAACGCAGGCAGCCAAUCAGGUCUUUUCCUCGGCGACGAUAACCCCAUGGAAUUUGACGACGAUCAUGACCUGAAUAUGGGCGGGUUUGAUCUGCCUCCAGAGACGGGCUUUGGCGAAGGCGGGGAGAUCUGGGCUCGUGAGGCUAUCCAGCAUCCACAAGCUCGCAUCCACACCAUGGACCUGAAUGGCGACGAGAACACAGACAGUGCCGACGCUCAGUAUGGCGUGUCCAUGAUGCACGGCCGCGACCAAGAACAAGAGAACAUCCUUAGCUAUUUUGACCAAGCUCUUAAGAAGAGCUGGGCAGGGCCUGAGCAUUGGCGCAUCUCACGCGUCAAGCAUUCCGCAAAGACAGCACCGGCGACGAAACGGAAGGAAAGGGAGCCAUUCGAGAUCGACUUCACAGCUCCAAUGACACAGACACUAGCAGAUGUGCUCUACACGCCUGCGACAUCCAACUCCGCGAUAUCUCUACCCAAAGCACAAUGGAAGUCCAGGUCGCGCAACCUUCUCCCAGACGACAAGCACUUCAACUCCAAACAGCUGCUGCGUCUUUUCCUUAAACCCAAGGCGCGUAUGGGCUCACGCAAGGGAGGACGCCGUGCACAUGCACUCCCUGGAGAUUCAGCACGCGUGGACGAAGCAUACUGGGCUCACCAGGGUCAAGAAGGCGACGGUGACGAUGCACAGGGAAACUACGACGCCGACUUUUUCCAGGAUGAUGGUCUCCAGAUACCUAGUGGCCCUCUCGACGAUGACGAUGUGUUUGCAGAUGCGCGCGAUCACUUCUCGCCGCCGCCUGACGCACCUGAAGCUACACUACCACUCGACGGCAUGCAACCGGGUUCGCAGACCGACGCAUUCGGUGCUCAGCUUGUGACGCAAAGCCGACGAUUUCGGCCUGAAUACGUCCAGUACGCAAGGGUCGCAAAGAAGGUGGACGUGAAAAGACUAAAGGACGAACUCUGGAGGGGUAUCGGGUUCGAUGGC